GUAGUUGACACGACUUUGAGAACCUUUCACUCGGUAACGUGAUUAGCUAAGUUUAUAUAAAGGAUGUCUUUUUUAAUUUGACCUUGGGAUUUAAGACGAAGACUGUUAUUUUAACUUCUGAAUAUUUCGUAAAGAUGAUUUCCGGCAGGAAAAUGGAGUCCAGUCGAGCAAUUACAGUUCCAUCUCUCCUCCGGCCUCACCGGAGGUCCAGGAGGAACCCUUCUCCACCUACUUUGAGGAUAAGGUCCCCAUUCCAGAAAGUCGCAAUCAGAUCUUCAGUUUCCGUAAACUCUGGGCCUUCACCGGACCAGGGUUUCUGAUGAGCAUUGCUUAUUUAGAUCCUGGAAACAUCGAGUCAGAUCUGCAGUCUGGUGCCAAAGCUGGUUUUAAGCUCCUAUGGGUCCUGCUUUUUGCAACCAUCAUUGGGUUGCUGCUGCAGAGGUUGGCUGCACGCCUCGGAGUCGUCACCGGGAUGCACCUGGCUGAAAUCUGCAACCGCCAGUAUCCCACUGUUCCACGGAUAAUCCUUUGGUUAAUGAUCGAACUGGCAAUUAUUGGUUCAGACAUGCAGGAGGUCAUCGGCUGUGCCAUCGCCUUUAACCUUCUCUCAGUGGGCAGGAUCCCACUGUGGGCAGGGGUCCUCAUCACCAUCGCAGACACGUUUGUGUUCCUCUUUUUAGACAAAUAUGGUUUGAGGAAACUUGAAGCUUUCUUUGGAUUUCUGAUCACUGUAAUGGCUAUAAGCUUUGGUUAUGAGUACGUGCUGGUGAAACCGGACCAAGGAGAGGUUCUUAAAGGGAUGUUUUUACCGUACUGUGCUAACUGUGGGCCUGUGCAACUGGAGCAGGCCGUAGGAAUCGUUGGUGCAGUCAUUAUGCCCCACAACAUCUACCUUCAUUCAGCUCUGGUCAAAUCCAGAGAAGUGGAUCGGAAAAACAAGAAGGACGUAAAAGAAGCCAACAAGUACUUCUUCAUCGAAUCAUCUAUCGCCCUCUUCGUGUCCUUCCUCAUCAACGUCUUUGUCGUCGCAGUCUUUGCUCAGGCUUUUUACAAUAAAAACAACAUGGAGGUGAACGCUGUGUGCAAUGCUACAGGCAGCCCCCACACCGAUCUCUUCCCUCUCAACAAUGGCACUCUGGAGGUGGACAUCUACAAAGGGGGGGUGGUGUUGGGGUGUUUCUUUGGUCCUGCUGCUCUCUACAUCUGGGCCAUAGGGAUCCUGGCAGCGGGACAGAGCUCCACCAUGACAGGCACUUACUCUGGACAGUUUGUGAUGGAGGGUUUUCUGAACCUGAAGUGGUCUCGUUUUGCUCGGGUUUUGCUGACCCGCUCCAUUGCUAUCACGCCAACCCUCCUGGUCGCCAUUUUCCAAGACGUUGAGCAUCUGACAGGGAUGAAUGACUUCCUCAAUGUGCUUCAGAGUAUGCAGCUUCCAUUUGCCUUGAUCCCAAUCCUGACCUUCACCAGUCUGACCUCCAUCAUGAACGACUUUGCUAAUGGGCUGGCUUGGAAGAUUUCAGGAGGCGUCCUCAUUCUUCUGGUUUGCGCCAUCAACCUAUACUUUGUGGUGGUUUAUGUGACUGCGUUGAACAGUGUCCUGCUCUACGUAAUCGCUGCCCUGCUCUCUGUGGCGUAUCUGUGCUUCGUGAUCUACCUGGCUUGGCACUGUUUGGUCGCCCUGGGCGUUUCCUGCCUGGACUGUGGCAGCAGGAUGCUGCACCACACAGACAUGUACUUACUGACCGACAUGGAGGCUGAACCGCAGGCUGAGAGAUAGUAGGACGCCCGGUGCAGUCUGACUGCAGACUAGAGGGACCGCUGAAGCUUGGCCAGUAUUACCUUCUCUUCAGCCCUCAGUGUCUGACUCCUGCUAAAGUGUCCUUAAUGCACCAACAGAAUUUGAUGGAAUCGGAAAAAAACGGCCAAAUGCUUCAAUGCUUUAUCAUUUUUCCUGGACAGCAGCGUGUACUAAAUGAUCUGCGGGUGUAGCAGAGGGAGAAAAAUGCCCUGAAAGCCUGAAAUAAAAGAGAAGGAAAACAUGGUUGACAACAGCACUCUACAGCUGAGAACAGAUGAUUUCCAGUAGAUAAUCAGAGCUAUAAAUGAGCCAGUGGUGCCUGGAUGUGGGUAUCCAUCAAACCCACUAAGCUGCUGCACACUGCUCUUCAUAUGUAGCUAUAUUUUAUUUUUCAACACAAAUAAUAUAUAUUAAUGACCCUAUAAUCCAUCCAUCCAUACUGUUAGUCACAGUAUGUUUGGAGUUGUUUGCUGGGGACCAAAUAGUUUGUUAUUGUGCUAAAUAAGCCUGAUAAAUUAUUAUUUAGGUAUUUUACCUGACUCACAGUCGCUGAUAAAUAUAAGCAGACCCUCUCGAUAGCACUUAG